UGGGAGAGAACCCCUUGGGCCCAGUGCCAGCGGACGGCUGAGGGGGAGGGCAGACAAGGCCACCAUGGCGACACUCCUCUCCCACCCCCAGCGGCGCCCUCCCCUCUUGCGCCAGGCCAUCAAGAUAAGGCGCCGCAGGGUCAGAGAUCUGCAGGAUCCCCUGCCCCAAGCAGCCCAGGAGAUUGAGACUCCAUCCCACCACUUCUCCCCCGAGGAGCGGGCCCUGCUCUAUGAGGAAGCGCUCUACACUGUCCUGCACCGCCUCGGUCAGCCCGAGCCCAACCACGUGACUGAGGCCUCUGAGUUGCUUCGAUACCUGCAGGAGGCCUUCCACGUGGAGCCAGAGGAGCACCGGCUGAUGCUGCAGCGGAUCAGGGAGCUCCAGAAGCCAAUAUUUUGUCUGAAGGCCACAGUGAAACAGGCCAAGGGCAUUCUGGGCAAGGAUGUCAGUGGGUUCAGCGACCCCUACUGCCUGCUGGGCAUUGAGCAGGGGGUGGGCCUGCCAGGAGGCAGCCCGGGGUCGCGGCGGCGGCAGAAGGCCGUGGUGAGGCACACCAUCCCCGAGGAGCAGACGCAUCGCACCCAGGUCAUCACCCAGACACUCAACCCCGUCUGGGAUGAGACCUUUAUCCUGGAGUUUGAGGACGUCACCAGUGCGAGCUUCCAUCUGGACAUGUGGGACCUAGACACCGUGGAGUCUGUGCGACAGAAGCUUGGGGAGCUCACAGAUCUGCACGGGCUUCGAAGAAUCUUUAAGGAGGCCCGGAAGGACAAAGGCCAGGACGACUUUCUGGGGAAUGUGGUUCUGAGGCUGCAGGACCUACGUUGCCGAGAGGACCAGUGGUACCUCCUGGAGCCCUGCACUGAGACUUACCCAGACCGUGGCCAGUGCCACCUCCAGUUCCAGUUCAUCCACAAGCGGAGAGCCACUGUGGCCAGCCGCUCCCAGCCCAGCUAUACCGUGCACCUCCACCUUCUGCAGCAGCUCGUGUCCCACGAAGUCACCCAGCACCAGGCGGGCAGUACCUCUUGGGAUGGGUCACUGAGUCCCCAGGCCGCCACCAUCCUCUUUCUCCACGCCACGCAGAAGGACCUGUCUGACUUCCACCAGGCCAUGGCGCAGUGGCUGGCCUACAGUCGCCUCUACCAGAGUCUGGAGUUCCCCAGCAGCUGCCUCCUGCACCCCAUCACCAGCAUCGAGUACCAGUGGAUCCAGGGCCGGCUCAAGGCAGAACAGCAGGAGGAGCUGGCUGCCUCUUUCAGCUCUCUGCUGGCCUAUGGCCUCUCCCUCAUCAAGAGGUUCCGCUCAGUCUUCCCUCUCUCUGUCUCUGACUCCCCAGCUCGGCUGCAGUCUCUGCUCAGGGUCCUGGUACAGAUGUGCAAGAUGAAGGCCUUCGGAGAACUGUGUCCAGACAGCGCCCCACUGUCCCAGCUGGUGACCGAGGCCCUGCGGACUGGCACCACUGAAUGGUUCCACUUGAAGCAGCAGCACCAUCAGCCCAUGGUGCAGGGCAUGCUGGAGGCGGGCAAGGCCUUGCUAAGCUUGGUACAGGACGUCAUUGGUGACCUGCACCAGUGCCAGCGCACGUGGAACAAGAUCUUCCACAACGUCCUCAAGAUCGACCUCUUCUCGAUGGCUUUCCUGGAGCUGCAGUGGCUGGUGGCAAAGCGGGUGCAGGACCACACGACAGUGGUCGGCAGCACUGUGUCCCCAGAGAUGGGCGAGAGUCUGUUCCCACUGUAUGUCAGCCUUAAGGAGCUCUGCCAGCUGUGCCCAGUCCCCUCGGAGAGGGACGGAGUCCUGGCUCUGAAUGGUUUCCAUCGCUGGUUCCAGCCUGCCAUCCCCUCCUGGCUGCAGAAGACGUACAAUGUGGCCCUGGCUCGGGUGCAGCGCGCUGUGCAGAUGGACGAGCUGGUGCCCCUGGGUGAACUGACCAAGCACAGCACAUCAGCGGUGGAUCUGUCCACCUGCUUUGCCCAGAUCAGUCACACCGCUCGGCAGCUGGACUGGCCAGACCCGGAGGAGGCCUUCAUGAUCACUGUCAAGUUUGUAGAGGACACCUGUCGGCUGGCCCUGGUGUACUGUAGCCUUAUAAAGGCCCGGGCCCGUGAGCUCUCUGCAGGCCAGAAGGAUCAGGGCCAGGCAGCCAACAUGCUGUGCGUGGUGGUGAACGACAUGGAGCAGCUGCGGCUGGUGAUCGCCAAGCUGCCUGCCCAGCUGGCGUGGGAGGCCCUGGAGCAGCGGGUAGGGGCCGUGCUGGAGCAGGGGCAGCUGCAGAAUACGCUGCACGCCCAGCUGCAGAGCGCACUGGCAGGGCUGGGCCACGAGAUCCGCACCGGCGUCCGCACCCUGGCUGAGCAGCUGGAGGUAGGCAUCGCCAACCACAUCCAGAAACUUGUGGGCAUCAGAGAGUCUGUCCUGCCUGAGGAUGCCAUCCUGCCCCUGAUGAAGUUCCUGGUGGUGGAGCUUCGCUACAUGAACACCAACUUGGUGCAGGAGAAUUUCAACAGCCUCCUGACCCUGCUCUGGACCCACACGCUUGCGGUGCUGGUAGAGGUGGCCGCCUCCCAGCACAGCUCGGCCCUGGCCUCGAGCAGGCUGAAGAUUGCCCUGCAGAACCUGGAGAGCUGCUUCCACGCUGACGGCUGUGGCCUACCGCACGAGGCCCUGCACACGGCUACCUUUCAGGCUCUGUGGAGGGACCUGGAGCUGCAGGCAGCCUCCAGCCGGGAGCUCAUCCAGAAGUACUUCUGCAGCCGCAUCCAGCAGCAGGCAGAAACCACCUCUGAGGAGCUGGGGGCGGUGACGGCGAAGGCUUCCUACCGUGCCUCCGAGCAGAAGCUGCGUGUGGAGCUGCUCAGCGCCUCCAGCCUGCUGCCCCUGGACUCCAAUGGCUCCAGCGACCCCUUUGUCCAGCUGACCUUGGAGCCCAGGCACGCGUUUCCUGAGCUGGCCGCCCGGGAGACCCAGAAGCACAAGAAGGAUCUUCACCCACUGUUCGAUGAGACCUUUGAGUUCCUGGUGCCUGCCGAGCCAUGCCGCAAGGCUGGGGCGUGCCUCCUGUUCACUGUGCUGGACCACGACACGCUGGGAGCUGAUGACCUGGAAGGCGAGGCCUUUCUGCCCCUGUGCGAGGUGCCUGGGCUCUCUGGCUCCGAGGAGCCUGGCGAGGUGCCUCAGACCCGCCUGCCUCUCACAUACCCCGCACCCAAUGGGGAUCCAAUCCUGCAGUUGCUGGAGAGUCGAAAGGGUGAUCGCGAGGCCCAGGUCUUUGUGAAGCUGAGGCGGCAGCGAGCCAAGCAAGCCUCUCAGCAUGUCCCUCGGCCAGGGCGGUAGCAGUGGAGGUGGGGGUGGGGCUGGGCCCCUGGUGGGGACCUGUAAGGUCUAGGGCUUCCCCUCCAAGGCACAAUCCUCCAGCCUGACCUAA